AUGAUGGAUGCCAUGGAGAAUAUCAUCCAGAUAGUCGAGCGAGAUGAGGCUGCUCUAGCUGGCAUGUUUCGACUCGGGCGUAAUCCUAACCCCGAUAUAGAACUCGAGUCCACACAGUCGGUUGGCCAACUUGAAGGACCUUCGCGAACAAUUAUAGAGUUUGCAUCGAAAACAGAUAGCCCAGCAAUUGACUCAGGUUCGGAGACGAGUAAGCCGGCCACAAAUCGGGGCACGGAAUCGGAAUAUUCAGAACCAACAUCAGGUGAGCCUCAAUACAUACCAUACCCACCACUCGAAAUCUCAAGCAGCGACGAAGACACUUUUAAUGCAACACACCCGCUCACAAGCUAUCCAGGGUCCGAAUCCGCGGUAUUCACGUCUCCAGUAGUAACAUUACCUUCAUCAACCACAACAACAGCCUUGACGUCGACCUCAUCGUCGUCAACAACAACAACAUCAUCAACAUCAUCAUCUUCUUCUUCAAAAACAACUACUACCCAGAGUGUCCCCACAGAAGCACCAACCGAUACCACAGACACAGCCGCCUCAAACAGUCUAAGCUCCACAAAUACAAAGCUAGCCAUCGCCGUACCAAUAGCCAUAGUCGGCCUCCUCAUCAUCGCAGCAUUAACAUACUUCUUCCUAAGACGUCGCAGACGUCGUAACGCCCAACCAGAAUACAACAUUGCAACCGGCCAAACAAGAGCCCUCUCGACGGCAGAGUUAAUGGCUCUGCAAAAGAUCGAAGGAUCUUCUAGCAUGCACCAUCUACCAGUCAUUCAAGUACCUCAAUAUCAAGAACGUGCGCCGAGUCCUGGCUUUGCGACGGCUAGGACCGUCUUUGAUGAUUUGCACACGGAACUUGGACUCCCUGUUGCUGUUCCGUUGGAUCAGAGACAAAGUGUGUCGGAACAUGACCUGCCUCGCUUCAGUGGGUCUGCGUCUCAGGAUAUCGACGCCUAG